CAGUUUGCAUUUAAUAGACCUUUGUAUGUACGUAUAUACGUAAACCGGAUCCACGAAUCAUGGCGCCGACCAAAAGGUUCGACUUUCGCUAUCAGACACAGCUCCGCCAUCUCCAUGUGGUCUUUUCUAGACCUACAGAGAACAAGUGUCCAGUCUCUAUGGUCCAGCUGCCACACGCUGUGAAGGCCAACCUUCCCCAGGUCACCUUACCCCGCCGGCUAUCCACAUCUUCAUUCGGAACGAUGAGGAGGUCUCGCCUGCGUAUCAUGCUGAUCGCCCUGCUGUGGUUGGUGUUCCUCUCAGCGAUCAAUUGGGUCAUCACUUCACACGUGAUGAAAAAGAACCCCAGUUCAAGUGCUCACAUUGUGAAAGGCGUGGGACCCCUUGCACCACAUAAGAUAGACCCAAAUCAAGACAGCCAGCGACCUGAUGAGGAUGACAAAAUACAGGAUCAAGGGCAAGACGAAGAGCUGGACGACAGCUUCUUGAGUGAAGAAGACGAUAACGUCGAAGAUUCUGAUCAGAAAGAACCGGAGAAACUUGAGAUAGAGGACGACCAGGGCGACCAGGAGAAGAUAGUACAGGAUCAGUCGGAGGAGCGUGGCCGAGAAGAGUUAGCAGUGGAAGGAGGAGAUUGUGAGCCCCAGACCAACUUUGUCUUCAUCAAAGUCCACAAGGCUGGGUCGACCACCGCCAUGGGCAUCUUUCUCCGCUACGGCUACGAGCACAACCUGACGUUCGUCCUGCCCCGCAGAACGCCCUCCCUGGGCUGGCCGGCUCAGCUCAACGAGGACUUCUACAUCCCCCUGAAGAACAACGCCUUCAACAUCCUCACCCACCACACAGUCUAUAACAGAGACUUAAUUGGCAAAAUAAUGCCAAAGGACAGUUUCUACCUGGCAAUUUUGCGCCACCCUAUCAACAUACUAAAAUCGGUCUUCAAUUGGUGUUCUUUAAGCCAACGCUUGUCCAUAAAGGCGGAUAACCCCGUGGCGUACUUUCUAGAAAAUAUUGACGAAUACGCUAAACAGUUAGGGAAGAUAGACUCUCCGGUAAGUCUUCGAAACUUCAUGUCUUUUGAAUUCGGCUACACGCCAACUCAAGCGCCACCUAGCGACGACGAGGUCCAAACAUUUCUUGGGACUGUCCAAAAGGAGUUUAACCUGGUCAUGAUAUUGGAACAUCUCGACGAGUCUUUGGUUCUCCUGAGGAGGUUGAUGUGUUGGGAUAUGAAGGACAUACUUUAUCUGACGAAAAAUGCCGAAUCUUACGACUACAGACGAGCUCAGAUCUCUAGUGAUGAGGUGCGAAUGCACCGACAGAUGAGCAAAAUGGACUACGCCCUGUUUGAGCAUUUUAACGCCACCUUGUGGCAAAAGAUAGCACAGCAGGGGCCAGAUUUUCGAGACGAGGUCGAGCACUUUAAGACGAUAAAUGAACAAGUUAAGACGUACUGUGUGUCUCGAGAGCUCACUGAAGCGCUCACGCUUAGCUCAACGAAAUGGUAUUCAGGGUUUUCUGUGGACAAGGAAGUUUGUAAAAACCUGUAUAAGCCACAGAAGGCAUAUGACAGGGAGUUGAAAGCCAGGCAGGAACCUUUGGUUACCGACACUUACUGGGAUACAAAAGAUGAAGUUGAAGCUCGCUGGGUUAAGCCCAAAUUGCCAUGUUAGAACGUUGACUAAUGUAAUUGUCGUUCCACUAUGAUAGGCUAUGAUAGGCUAUUCCAUUUGUACUUA